AGAAGGACGAGGGUGAGGAUGUUCACGCUGUUGCUUCUUCCAGGGAAAAUGGCAACGACGGUUUAAUUUUUUUAUGGAUUUUUUUUUUUUUUAACAAAGUGUUUGUUCGAAUUUUCUUAAUUAUUUGUUUUAACGGGAAUUAACGUGUGUGUGUGUGCGCGCGCGGUAAGAAGAAAGUGUCAGCUGGUGAGAAGUUGGACGUCGUUUGACUGAGCGCAGCACCACCACUACUACCAGUGUGACAUCAGAGCAGCAGCAGAACGGGAGAAGCACGCUGCUUAUGACACAUUAGUAUCUUAGCAACAGACAGCAUCGUUUUCAGCGCGCGCCACUCUGAGAAGCAAACCUGCAUGGACACAAGCUGCUGGGUGAUUAGUUCUGACCUCAGAUCAUGGCCUACACUCUCGGCUCAGGCGCCGACGGCCAGACACGCAGUGUCGGACCUCAGCACUGCAUCACUCGGGUGGAGAUGUCCGUCACCGCAACCAACCUCCUGGACCGAGACGUAGCCUCCAAGUCGGACCCGUUCUGUGUUCUUUUCCAUGAAGUGGAUGGAAACUGGGUGGAGCUGGGCCGCACUGAAACAGCGGUGAACAACUUGAAUCCGGUGUUUGGGGUGAAGUUUCAGGUGGACUACCACUUUGAGGAGAUCCAGAAGCUUCGAUUUGCCAUGUUCGACGAGGACAAGUGCGCCACGCAGCUCUACGAACACGACUUCCUGGGAGAAUUCAUUUGCACGCUUGGAGUGAUCGUGUCCAAUAAAAAACUCCACAGACCGUUGAUCUUAGCCAACGGGAAGCCAGCUGGCAAAGGAUCCAUCAUGAUAACAACUCAGGAGCUGUCUGACAACAGAAUCAUCACGUUGACACUGAGUGGACGUAAACUGGACAAAAAGGACUUCUUUGGGAAGUCAGACCCCUACUUGGAGUUUCAUAAACAGGGAGAAGAUGGUAAAUGGAUGCUGGUGCACAGGACAGAGGUCAUAAAGAACACUUUAGACCCAGCGUGGAAAUCUUUUACUGUGCCUCUCAUUUCUCUCUGCAACGGAGAUGUGGACAGAAACAUCAAGGUCCUAUGUUAUGACUACGACAACGACGGAGGCCACGACUUCAUCGGAGAGUUUCAAACCACAGUUACCAAGAUGAGUGAAGCCCAGAACUCAGUGGAGGUGGAGUUUGACUGCAUCAACCCCAAGAAGCAGAAGAAGAAGAAGAAUUAUAAAAACUCUGGCUUCAUCAUUGUCAAGUCAUGUAAGAUUACAAGAGACUACACCUUUCUGGAUUACAUACUGGGAGGAUGCCAGCUCAUGUUUACUGUCGGCAUUGACUUCACAGCAUCCAAUGGGAAUCCACGAGAGCCGUCCUCCCUCCAUUACAUCAACCCGCUGGGCAGCAACGAGUAUCUGGCCGCCAUCUUAGCUGUGGGACAGAUCAUACAGGACUACGAUACCGACAAAAUGUUUCCUGCUCUGGGAUUUGGAGCUCAACUCCCACCAGACUGGAAGGUGUCACAUGAAUUUGCCAUCAACUUUAACCCCACCAACCCCUUCUGUUCAGGUGUGGAGGGCAUCGCCCAGGCCUACUCCGCCUGCCUCCCUCACAUUCGUUUCUACGGCCCGACGAACUUCUCUCCAAUCAUCAACCACGUAGCGCGUUUUGCAGCCCAGGCCCUUCAACAGGAGAAAGCAGCGCAGUACUUCACUCUCCUCAUCAUCACAGACGGCGUCAUCAGCGACAUGGACGAGACGCGCGACGCCAUCGUGCAGGCGUCUAAACUGCCCAUGUCCAUCAUCAUCAUCGGCGUGGGCAACGCAGACUUCGCUGCCAUGGAAUUUCUCGACGGUGACGCCAGCGUGUUGAGGUCCAGCGCAGGAGAGGAGGCGGUGCGGGACAUUGUGCAGUUCGUCCCUUUCAGGGAUUUCCGUAACGCGCCCAAGGAGACUCUCGCCAAGUCGGUUCUGGCCGAGUUGCCCCAACAGGUCACUCAGUAUUUCAAACAGCGGAACGUCCCGCCCAUCAACCCGGCACCAGAGUGAGGAUUCACACCGCCAACCACCACCACCACCUACCCUGCCGAAAAAAAAGAUGAGCGCACACACACAGACACACGCACACACACACACACACUUCAUAUACACUGUACAAUAGCUCAACAAAACCUCUCCUGUCGUUAAUGAAAGACAGUGUGUGUGUGUGUGUCAGCAGAAAUUAGUUAAGGAGAGUAAAAAAUAAAUAAAAAACUGCCUUUUAGUUAGUACUGGUUUAAAGGUCAGUUUCCAGUGUGACUCCAUCAGAAGUGAUGUCGUGUAUAAAGUGGAAAUGUACAGUAUGAAGGACCUUGCAUGUUAAAGGUGAUGGCAGGUUUUUUCCAGAAAUGACUGAAUGAGUAUGCAGAUGAGACACAGAGAAGCAGCUUUGUCUGGUUUGUCUUGUUUUUUAUUAUUAUUAUGCCUUUUAUUUUUUGCAUGUAUGUGUGUGUGUGUGUCUUGUGACUGAUACCAUGUGAUGCAUACAGUACAAUGACUGAGCUGAACCUCAGCGGUGGUUGAAUCCUCUCUGGCUGAACGUGUGGAUCGUUUCCUGGCAGCAGAUCAGAUGAACGCUGCUGUUUUUAUGCUCGGACCGAACCUGAACAUGAGUCAAGUGAACGUUUUUGGGUUGGUUGUUUUUUUUCAUGGUGCGUUCCAAUUGUAGUUGGAUGUUGGAAUUUCCAAGUUUCUUGUCAGAGGUCUCAACUAGAGCGCCCUCUCGGGUCGGAUUUCUAACUUGGAAAAGUGGGAGCAACCUUGCAAACCUCCGACGUAUGAUUUCCAAGACGGCCGCCGCUCACGUGAACAGUAAAAACACUGUUAAUUGCAUUUCUGUGUUAUUUGUUUCACUGGACAGUUUUUAUUCGUGGACAUGUUGCUAAAAGCAUCGUUAUUGACUGGUGGUGGCUAACAACAACACAUUUGUGUCCAUGUUUUUCCUCACCCUGGAAGUGACGUCACUCUCAGUUCCCGACUUGUGACGUAAAUGAAACUUUACCCUUUUUAGAAGCUUUGAUCGCCUGUCGCCUGGGGAGGCGGCGGUUAAAGCUGCGCUAUGUUGGAUUUGAUUCAAGACAGCAGAGAAGGAGCUCGAGCGCUAACGCGACAAACAUGUGAGUCUCUCUGCAGACGCAUCUGGCUGUUAAAUAUGCAGCUUUUACAGAAAUCCUUGUAUUUCUUAUGACUUUUUGUCCACCCUGCAUGUUGUUGAUAUUUACUCUCUGUUUACAGACUCGUGCUGAUGAUGACAAGCGCAUGACUUCUUUUUUUUUUUUAUUUAACAGAUUUUAUAAAUACUUAAAUGAGAUUAUGUGUAAAAAAAAGAAAACAAGAAAGAAACAAAAAAGGUAAUGAAAGUGUUGUCAUGAAGUGUAACGAGUGGAAGCAGACGUCUGUGAUGCGCAUGUUCAGUAUAUUGAAUGUAUAUUUAUAUUAUAUGCUGUUACUGUUCUAAAAAGGCCAAUGUUUUUAAAUGUACUUUUUAUGCAGUGCUGAUUUGUGUACCUGAACUGCUACUGUGUUUGUUUCCGUGCAUCUUUGUAACAAAUGAUGUGAUAUUGAUUUUAUAUGAAGUUGUGUCUUUGUCCACACUCAGGUUAAUAAACUGAAGAAAACGUCA